GGAACAGGGUGGUAAACGGAGAGAUUCAAAUAAUGUCCACUCCGCCGCGGGAUAUAAACGAUUUGUUUGACGACAUUGUUUUGACGGAGGAGAAGCACGCUCGCCAGGGUUACGACGAGGGAUUAGCCGACGGACAGGAGCAGGGCAACGAGGAGGGCUACCGGCUCGGCUACGCCCAAGGCAUACAACUAGGUGAGGAGCUGGGAAGGAUUCUAGGUCAAGUGGUGGCCCAGCAGCAACUAAAUCAUACGGAGAAAGUGAAGCGCAGUCUGGAACAGCUUCGUGAACUUAUAGAGCAGUUCCCUCGUACCAACGACCCGGAAGCAGACAUUAUCGGAGCCGUAGAAACUAUCAGAAACACCCAUCGACGUCUCCGUGCCCUCUUGGGAACUAAGAAAAGUGCUGAAGCAUCAUCUCCAAGCCAACCUAGCUCCGAACGUAAGGAUUACAGCUUCUAG